AUGGCAGCUGCUGAAGAUUCGCAAGCCUCUGAUAAUGACGGUGGCGAGCGCCCGGUCCGGAACAAGUUAAAGGAAACGUCUAUCACUUCGGCGCCUAAGGUCUCAACGGAAGAUGAGUCGAUGGGGAAUGCGCAGGAAGGAGAUUCUAGUAGGGCGAGCAGUAGGGGUAGGAAGAGGUCAUUUGAUGAGGAUCAAACGGAGAAUAAUGAGGAUGACUCCGGCCAUCGACGCAAGCGGUCCCGCGACUCGAACACCGAUGAGGAGAAUGCGGGUGAUGAUAAGGAGGAACAGAAGGAACAGAAGCCGGAGGAGCUCUCGAGGAAGAUUCUGAGCCCGAAGAAGAAGAGAAGUAGGGAUCAGCUGGAUAAGGAUGACUCGAAGGUUGCGGCUGCUGGGGAGAAAUUGGUUCAGAUCACUGCGGAGGACGCGGCGAGGGAGAAAUCUGGUGUAGAGGGACAGCCCGAGAAGAAGAGACACACGGAUGAUUCCAGAGAGAAGGAGACGGCUCAUGUUACCAGUGCAUUUGCGAACACAUCGUCUGUCUCACCGUUUGGGUCAAUGGGUGCUGCAAAGUCGAAGGAAGAGGAAUCAUCGAAGCCGAGCGCAGCUACGUCAUCAUCUGCCUUUGCUGCGUCAAGUCUGGCCGCGUUUGCCAGCUCGGAACAGUCGCCCUUUGGCUCUCUGGGAAGCUCUACUCCCUCCAUAUUCAAGUCCCCAUCUUCGACCGACUCUCCUCAGCCGGCCACGACCGGAUUUGCUGCUGCUGCCGGGACAUCAGGAUUCGUCGCCUUGGGUUCUGGUUUCUCGGGAUUCAGCGGCGGGUUUGCAUCAGCCAAACCCGCAGGGGGUCUCACGAGCUUUGCCUCCCCUGCUGGACCUAGUGUCCUCAGCACCUCCAAGGCCACUGGUUUCGGCGCCCCUGAUGAGGAGCAGCACAAGGAGGAGGACGAUGAAGAAGCAGGCGAAACUGGACCAGGCGAGUUUGAGCAGGACAAGACAGACGAGAGAUUCUACGAACGCCCAAUCGAAACCGGCGAGGAGGAUGAGAAAACAUACUUCUCAUGUAAGGCGAAGCUGUUCCAGUUCACAGACAAGGAGUGGAAAGAGCGCGGCAUCGGGACUUUCAAGGUCAAUGUGCGCGUCACGGAUGGAAUGGAGGACAAGAAGGCGGCUCGGAUGAUCAUGCGCGCAGACGGAGUGCUGCGCGUGAUGUUGAAUACGCCCAUCUUCAAGGGAAUGACGGUUGGCGACGGGCAGGGCAAAGAGCCCAAGUCGAAGCAGAUUCACCUUGCCAGCCUGGAGAAUGACCGGUCCAUUCCCAUCCUACUUCGGACGGGAAGCGAGGAUCUCGCUAAGGAGCUGUACCGCGUGGUGCGCGAACUUCAGGAAUAUCAGUGA